CUUUUACUUCGUUAAUUCCACCACUGAUGAUAAUUACCUCCUCAUAACGUUUACGUGCUGUGGAUGUUUGCCUAAUGUAAUGACAAGUUUACAUGAUCAUUCAGUAUUUAUGAGGUUUAAAAAUGGCAGCGGUGUGCAAGUGGACAGCUCAAUUAGUCAGACAGCCAAACGGUGUCUGAUCAUCGUCGGCUUCACAGUUACACACAGAGAACACGGAACUGACUCUUCAUCCUUCCUCCCCUCUCUCCCCCCGCCAACAUGCCCACUUUGGAGCUCCUUUGUGGCUUUUGUUUCUCCCGCUAACUCCCCUUCCCAGCUCCCGGUCGCUGCUGGAUUGAAUUAAGAAAAAAAAAAGAGCGCAAUGCAACAUCGGACCCGAGUGUUCUCCUCCCACUGAUUGCAACGAUUGUCGUCAAUUGCCGCUUUUGUUCAGCGAGCAAACGUCGCAAAGCUCUGCAGUCUCUGCAAGAAACGCGGAUCCCCUGCACGGAGCCACUGGAGCGCUCGACUUGCAGGCUCUCAGCCAUACAAGCAGGAUGUCCUCGUCCAGGUUCAAGAAAGACAAGGAAAUCAUUGCGGACUACGAGACCCAAGUGAAAGAAAUCCGUAACCAGUUGGUGGAGCAGUUCAAAUGCUUGGAGCAACAAUCAGAAUCUCGCAUCCAGUUGCUGCAGGACUUACAGGAGUUUUUCCGUCGCAAAGCAGAGAUUGAACUAGAAUACUCCCGCAGUUUAGACAAACUCUCCGAGAGGUUUUCUUCCAAGAUCCGCAGCUCACGGGAACAUCAGCAGUUCAAGAAAGACCAGCACCUGCUAUCCUCUGUGAACUGCUGGUAUCUGGUGCUGAACCAGACAAGACGGGAAAGUCGUGACCAUGCCACACUUAGUGACAUCUACACCAACAACGUCAUACUGCGCUUGGCUCAAAUAAGUGAGGAUGUCAUCCGCCUCUUUAAGAAGAGCAAGGACAUUGGAAUCCAGAUGCAUGAAGAGCUGGUGAAGGUCACCAAUGAACUCUACACUGUGAUGAAGACAUACCACAUGUACCACACAGAAAGCAUCAGUGCCGAGAGCAAGCUUAAGGAUGCGGAGAAACAGGAGGAGAAGCAGUUCAGCAAGUCGGGAGAUUUCAACGUGAACCUUCUGCGGCACGAAGACCGCCAGUCCAGACGCAGCUCUGUAAGAAAGAUCGAGAAGAUGAAAGAGAAGAGGCAAGCCAAGUACUCCGAGAAUAAACUGAAGUGCACCAAAGCCCGCAAUGACUAUUUGUUGAACCUGGCUGCAACGAACGCUGUGGUGGCCAAAUAUUACAUUCAUGAUGUCGCAGAUAUGAUAGAUUGCUGCGACCUGGGAUACCAUGCUAGUUUGGCAAGAACAUUUAGGACCUAUUUGUCUGCGGAGUACAACCUGGAGACAUCUCGUCACGAGGGACUCGAUGUCAUCGAGAAUGCAGUGGACAACAUGGACUCUCGCAGUGACAAGCACAAGCUCAUGGAUAUGCAUAACCAGGUGUUCUGCCCUCCUAUGCGCUUUGAGUACCUACCACACAUGGGUGACGAGGUGUGCCAGGUGAGUGCCCAGCAACCCGUCCAGACUGAGCUCUUGAUGCGCUAUCACCAACUACAGUCUCGCUUGGCUACAUUGAAGAUUGAGAAUGAGGAGGUGAGAAAGACCUUGGAUGCCACCAUGCAAACACUUCAGGACAUGCUGACAGUGGAGGAUUUUGACGUGUCAGACGCUUUCCAACAUAGCCGCUCCACUGAAUCCAUCAAGUCCCUGGCCUCCGAAUCCUACAUGAGCAAGACAAAUGUAGCAAAGAGGAGGGCUAACCAGCAGGAGACUGAAAUGUUUUAUCUCUCAAAAUUCAAGGAGUACCUGAAUGGUAGUAACCUCAUCAUUAAACUGCAGGCCAAGCAUGACUUACUAAAGCAGACCCUUGGCGAAGGGGAAAGAGCUGAAUGCGGAACCACAAGGCCCCCCACCCUUCCCCCUAAGCCCCAGAAAAUGCGGAAGACUAGACCGCGCUCCAUCUAUAACCAUAAGCUGUUUAAUGGCAAUUUGGAGACCUUUGUCAAGGAUUCAGGUCAACCAAUACCACUUGUGGUAGAGAGCUGUGUCAGAUACAUCAACCUUUAUGGCCUACAGCAGCAAGGCAUCUUCAGAGUUCCGGGAUCACAGGUGGAAGUCAAUGAUAUUAAAAACUCAUUUGAAAGAGGAGAAGAUCCCUUAAUAGAUGACCACAAUGAGCAUGACAUCAACUCAGUGGCUGGAGUGCUUAAAUUGUAUUUCCGAGGACUGGAGAACUCCCUCUUCCCAAAGGAGCGUUUCCUGGACUUCAUCUCGACCAUCAAGCUGGAGUCAGGAGCGGAGAGAGCACAUCACAUCCAGCAGAUUGUUGUGACGCUGCCUCGGACUAUCAUCAUUGUCAUGAGAUACCUCUUUGCUUUUCUCAAUCAUCUCUCCCAGUAUAGUGAUGAGAACAUGAUGGAUCCAUACAACUUGGCCAUAUGCUUUGGUCCGACGCUGAUGCCCAUUCCCGACAGCCAGGACCCAGUUUCAUGCCAGGCGCAUGUGAACGAGGUCAUCAAGACUAUCAUCAUCCACAAUGAAGUCAUCUUUCCCAGUCUACGUGACCUGGACGGCCCAGUCUAUGAAAAGUGCAUGACUGGGGGAGAGCAAUACUGUGACAGCCCUCACAGUGAGCCAGGAACCCUUGAUGAAGUUGACAAUGGAACUGAGCCACACACAAGUGAUGAAGAGGUCGAACAAAUUGAGGCCAUUGCAAAAUUUGAUUAUGUGGGCCGCAGUCCUAGAGAGCUGUCGUUUAAGAAAGGAGCCUCUCUGCUUCUCUAUCAUCGGGCAUCUGAGGACUGGUGGGAGGGUCGACACAACGGUGUGGAUGGGCUGAUACCUCAUCAGUACAUUGUGGUGCAAGACAUGGAUGAUGCGUUCUCAGAUAGCCUCAGUCAGAAAGCAGAUAGUGAAGCCAGCAGUGGGCCACCCCUAGAUGAUAAAAGUUCAUCCAAAAACGACGGUCCUUCACCAUGUGAACAAUCACCCGAUUAUAGCUUUGGAGGUGUCAUGGGCAGGGUCCGAUUACGUUCCGACGGAGCAGCAAUUCCAAGGCGUCGCAGUGGGACAGACACUCAGAGUCCAACCAGAGUGCCUGACACUCCUCCUCGGGCUACUGCUUGUCCCAGCAGCCCCCGUAAGAUGUCCGUCAACAAGGCACGAAUUGAAAGCCCAGAAAAAAGGCGACUUGGGACAUUUGGUAGUGCAGGAAGUAUAAACUAUCCUGAAAGGAAGAACUAUCCUGAGGGUCAUCCGCUGAGGCCCAUGUCAGGGGCCACUCGUCACAGCAGCCUUGGGGACCACAAAGCACUGGAAGCUGAGGCGCUAGCUGAGGACAUAGAGAAGACCAUGACAACAGCGCUACAUGAGCUUCGUGAGCUAGAGCGACAGAACUCCGCCAAGCAAGCUCCUGAUGUGGUCCUGGACACCCUGGAGCCCAUGAAGAACCCAGUAAGCUCCGAGCCAGCCAGCCCCUUGCACACCAUAAUGAUUCGCGACCCAGAUGCGGCCAUGCGCCGGAGCAGCAGUUCCACAUCCGAGAUGAUGACCACCUUCAAGCCGACGCUCUCAGCCCGACUCGCCGCUGGCACUCAGUUGCGCCCCCCGCCCAUGAGACCGGUUCGCCCCCCACCUACCCAGCAUCGCACGAGCAGUUCAAGUUCUUCUGGGGUGGGCAGUCCAGCUGUCACGCCCACAGAUAAAAUUUUCCCCAGUAACAACGCAGCAGCCGGGUCCGGCAUGAAUGUGUCUCCUGAUGGUGCUGACAAAUCUGGCACCAUGUAGCAAAGGUCAAAAGAGGGCUGGAAAUGAGCCUGAAACUCAUUGGCUAGUAUGUUGGUGAUUGAUUUAAUUUGGAUAACAGAAAUUAAUGCUGAGUGAACAGAGACAUUUCCUACAGCUCAGGGAGAUGACAGUCCAAAUGACAAAACAUUUUAUUAAAGAGUACAUGGUGAGUAAAAUCCGCAGAUAAGUCACGCCUCAUUCAGCAGCACUAUCUCUUUAGUUUCCACCGUUAUAAGUUUAGCUUUUCAGAUGCCGUAUCUGCUCUUGAUGUGGUAAUGUUUACUGCCCCAUAUGAAAGUUCAUAGAGGGAGGUAAAGAAUCUUUUUGAUGUUCAGUGUUAAUUGUGUGAGGAAGUAGAGAAGCUGGUACAUAAUGAUAUGAGGAAUUUUUGAUUAUGUUGGGGAGAAAGAACAAGUUUCAGAUAUAAUUCUAUUAAAACAGCCUGUUGCCUCUCACAUCGUUUAGCUCUCCAAAUGCUUGGGGCGAUGUGCCACAAACUGUGAUGUUUUAUCUCAGUUUUCUGCCUGAAUUCACUCGACUCUGUCAGAAGCCCCUGAAGUGAAGAGUUGCUAUGGUGAUGCAGAUGGGUAGAGGGCUGCAAAGGUGCGAUAGUUUCAAGCUUUGCCUUCUUUGGAACUACUUCUAACCACAAUGUAUGUGCAUAACAGUGUAUCAGUUUUGACCUCAAGGCCGACUCACCAAAUCUGUCUCCAUGGAGGCUGGACAUUUGGACUUGUACACUUCCCAGUGCACAUUUAAUGCAUCAAGUGGGCUGGUGAAGACAUUGAGGCGCGGCGAUACUUGAACUAUUAAGUCGAAGAGAUAACACAUUUGUGGCAAUAGGCUUGUCAACCAUUGGAAGCAUACCUAAGUAGGACAUGUAUUGUAAAAGCACUUGCGGUCGCUAUGGCCACAAUAUGUGGCCUGUAUAUGAUAGACCCAAGUAAUGCUUCCACUAAUUGUUAAAAUCCUGUCGUAAUUGUGUAAAUAGUGUGGGUGUUUUUUUUUGUUUUUUUUUUUGGUAAAUGUUUUGAUUUGGCAUAGACUUAAUACAGAAGAGGGAGGUGGUCGACAAAAGGGUACUUGCAAAAAUGUCGACCAAACAACCCUUUAAUUGUUUUCAGUACAAUCCAAAAAUAUUCUCUGGCUUUUUGAACUGAAAUACUGCUGUACUGUGAAUACAAUUGCUCAGUGUGUACUGUGCAUCCAGAAAGAAGGGUAAACAAUGGGCAAUAGUACUGCUGGACUACAAUAAGGACAUAACAUUAAGCCCUCAAUACCACUGACCUUAAACUUGAUUGAUCAGAGAUUGGGACUAAAUGUCCCAUUGAGUCUAAUGCCUAAUGUUACCCUAUUCACAGAAUUUACCCUCACAUUUUAUUAUGUAACAGCCCCAUGAUCCCAAUUUUUUAAUCACAACAGCUCAUCUUUAAAAAAUUUAAAAAGGGUUUUUCAUUUUCAUAUUUCUGAAAAAUAUAUAGCAUAAGAAAUUACAUUGGCAGAAGUAUUCAUAGUCUUUGCUUAAUACUUUAGUCAUGCACUGUUGUGCGGUAAUUACACCCUCAAAUCUUUUUUUUUUUUUUUUAAAUAAAUAUUACACUACAAGCUUGGCUCACCUAUAUUUAGACAUUAUUGCCCCUUUUUGGUAAAAGUGAUUUAUUAGUUUAUUUGCAAAUAAUUCCCCAAAAUUCACAUCGUCACAUUGUCAUAAUGUGGUGGUGUGUGUUGAUUUUUGAGAGGAAAAGAAUAGAUUUUGUCUUGAAUGAUGAGACUGCUACAUAAAAUCUGUAAAAAGCGAAGCUCUGUGAAUACUUUCAGAAUGCAUCCUGCACAAUGCUGGGAACUGGAUUGGUUCACCCUUCUUGGUAAAGGUCUUAAUUUGAAAACUUGAAGUAUGUCAGGUCAGCACGAUGUAGGAGUAUCUCAUCUAAUCCACCUCACUGUAAUGCGAUCUGCAAUUGGAAGCCACCCUUCCUGCUUAGACUUCACAUGUUCUCCCUUUACUGUUGUGGGGGUUUUCCAGGUACUCUGGCUUCAUUCUACAUUCCAAAAAGAUUUAAGCUUAAUUGAAAACACUACAUUUUCCAAUGUCUAAAUGGCUGGUGCCAGUUCAGGGUGAAGCCUGCUCUGCCUCGUGCCUAAAGUCAGCAUCUUACUACUUCCAACCACGGUGAGCACAAACAGUAUAGAAAAUGGAUGAACUUCCUGAUGUUCUACUCCUUGAUUUAUAAACUAUAUAUCAGUUAAAUAUAUAUGACACAUUGCUUUAAAAUGGAGAAAUGUCACAUACGGCAUUAAAGUUAGCUGUAUUUAUAAUGUCACUACAAAGAUCUUCUGAAGCACCAUUAAAUGUAGUUGUUAUGCUCUGAUUUUCUUUGGAGUGUAAUGGCUUUUAUCGCUUGUCAUUACAACAACUCUGGCAUCAGGAUCUUAAUGAGCCUGUCUGUAGUGCAUGGUUUCUGCAGUAAUAUCAGCGCUAAUUAAAAAUAAAAGGCUUUUAUGAUUGGCUUUCGCAGAUCAAAAAACAUUCAUUUUACUCCAAAUGUCUUGAUUUUCCCUAAGCGUAUAGUGGGAAAAAAAUCAGCUUGUAGCAGUAGCUCAAAUAGAAAAAUGUGAAAUACUCAAGCAUGCAAACCAGGCACUUAUUUUAUGUGUUUUAUUUCCUGGCAUGUAGACCUACUGUCAGGUAAAGUCCAUCCCAGCUUUCUCGAGUUAUACAGGGCACUUUGCUUCUCCCGCUGGUGGCUGAUUGUACAGUCAGCUAAUUUGAAAAAAAGGAUGUUCAGUACUGGACUGUACUUUAGUUAUGUAUGCCUGUGUUAAACAUGACUUUGCACCUGUUAAAUUGUAUGUACAAAAUAUGCGAAUGUUCAUAAGAGAACAUGAAAAUGACAAGAGGAUAACGUUAGACUGUUUUAUUUAUAAACUAAUGUGCAAAUGUUGGACAUUUGAGUGCCUUUUGUGCACCACGUUUUUUUGUUGUUUUUUUCCCCCUAGUUGCAUUUUUUAUACAUUGUCUAUUAGUUGUCAUAUUUAUUAUGAAUGUUACUUUUCUAUUAUUCCUUUCUAUUGCUAUUUUUGCAAUAAUUUGUCCAGGGUCAUAAUGAACUGCUUUUCUGUGCAGAAUCAGAGGGGAGGAAAAACAUUUCAACCACUAUGCACCUAAGCUACUGGUUUCCAAGUUCAGUAGGUUCCUCUCAGAAUAUUUAUUGCAUCUUUUUGUUUUUCUGGUGAUGUGUCUGUGCUGUGCCUGAGCCAUAAACUCAGAUUAUUGUAUAAAGCAAACAAAUUGGAGUAUUGAUGGAAAGCAAAUGCAAAAAUGAGGGAUUCUACUUGUUGAGUUUAAGGCACAUUGUUACUUUGUGUUUUCCUUACAUGUGAUGUAAAAGCUCAUUUACUCUCCUGAAAUGGUUGUUGAGCAGGUGCAUUAUGAUGCUGAUAUAAAAAAUAAGACACAAGAUAUACAAAGCAUUACUGUAAGAGAGACGAAUGUUUUUGCGUAUUUGUGAUGAUGACGUGUGAGUUGUCAAUUUUCUCUUUUAAUUGUUUGUCUUGUUGUGAGUGUCUGGUCUAUUAGAAGCCUGUGAUAUACCUUACCACUAAAUGGAUGUUGAAAAUAUGGGCAUCCAAAUAAAACUAUUAUUGA